AGCGUCGCGCGCCGCCGCCACUGCAGCUCGCGGCCCCUUCGCCUCCGCCCGCCUUUCCCGCGGCCGAUUUGCCUUAAACUCCCUAAAAUCUCCGCAGCCCGGGUUCCUGCUGCGGCCGGUCUCUAAUUAAUAGAAGAUGGCAAAGCCAAGCCACAGCAGCUACGUUCUUCAGCAGCUAAACAACCAAAGGGAAUGGGGUUUUCUCUGUGACUGUUGUAUUGCGAUUGAUGACAUUUACUUUCAAGCACACAAAGCAGUUCUAGCUGCCUGUAGCUCCUAUUUUAGAAUGUUUUUCAUGAACCAUCAGCAUAGUACUGCACAACUGAAUCUCAGCAACAUGAAAAUUAGUGCCGAGUGUUUUGAUCUCAUUUUGCAAUUUAUGUAUUUAGGGAAAAUUAUGACAGCUCCCUCCAGUUUUGAGCAGUUUAAAGUAGCAAUGAACUACCUACAGCUGUACAAUGUUCCUGACUGCUUAGAAGACAUACAAGAUGCAGAUUGUUCUAGUUCCAAGUGUUCGUCUUCUGCCUCCAGCAAACAGAACAGCAAAAUGAUAUUUGGGGUACGAAUGUAUGAAGACACUGUGACAAGAAAUGGCAGUGAAGCCAACAGGUGGUGUGCAGAGCCAAGUUCGACAGUAAACACACCACAUAAUAGAGAGCCUGAUGAAGAGUCUUUACAAUUAAGUAAUUUUCCUGAACCACUAUUUGAUGUAUGUAAAAAAACUUCUGUAUCCAAAUUAUCUACUCCAAAAGAACGUGUGUCAAGGCGCUUUGGACGGAGUUUUACCUGUGAUAGCUGUGGAUUUGGCUUUAGCUGUGAAAAAUUAUUAGAUGAGCAUGUGCUAACCUGUACUAACCGACAUUCAUACCAAAAUGCAAGAUCUUAUCACCGAAUAGUAGAUAUUAGAGAUGGAAAAGACAGUAACAUCAAAGCUGAAUUUGUUGAGAAGGAUUCUUCUAAAACGUUUUCUGCACAGACGGACAAGUACAGAGGAGACACGAACCAGGCUGCUGCUGAUGAUUCAGCUUCAACCACUGGAAGCAGAAAAGGUAGCAUAGUGGAAUCUGAAAUAGCCAGUGAAGAAAAAAGUAGAGCUGCUGAGAGAAAAAGAAUCAUUAUCAAGAUGGAGCCAGAAGAUAUUCCUACGGAUGAAUUGAAAGACUUCAACAUUAUUAAGGUUACCGACAAAGACUGUAAUGAAUCCACUGACAAUGACGAAUUAGAAGAUGAACCUGAAGAGCCAUUUUAUAGAUAUUACGUUGAAGAAGAUGUCAAUAUUAAAAAAAGUGGUAGGAAAACUCUAAAACCUCGGAUGUCAAUAAAUGCUGAUGAAAGAGGUGGCUUAGAAAACAUGAGACCCCCUAACAAUAGCAGUCCGGUGCAGGAGGACACCGAAAACGCAUCCUGCGAGCUGUGUGGACUCACAAUAACCGAGGAGGACCUCUCGUCUCAUUACUUAGCCAAACACAUUGAAAAUAUCUGUGCGUGUGGCAAAUGUGGACAGAUACUUGUCAAGGGCAGACAACUUCAGGAACAUGCUCAAAGGUGUGGAGAACCCCAGGACCUGACAAUGAAUGGGUUAGGAAAUACUGAGGAGAAAAUGGACAUGGAAGAGAAUCCUGAUGAGCAGUCUGAAAUAAGAGAUAUGUUUGUGGAAAUGUUGGAUGAUUUCAGGGACAAUCAUUUCCAGAUAAACAGUAUCCAAAAAAAGCAGUUGUUUAAACAUUCUGCCUGUCCCUUUCGAUGUCCUAAUUGUGGCCAGCGUUUUGAAACUGAAAAUCUAGUGGUUGAACAUAUGUCUACCUGCCUAGACCAAGAUAUGUUUAAGAGUGCCAUCAUGGAAGAAAAUGAGAGAGAUCACAGACGAAAGCAUUUCUGUAAUCUCUGCGGAAAAGGAUUUUAUCAGCGGUGUCACUUACGAGAACACUAUACUGUUCAUACUAAGGAAAAACAGUUUGUUUGUCAGACAUGUGGAAAGCAGUUUUUAAGAGAACGUCAGUUGCGACUGCACAAUGAUAUGCACAAAGGCAUGGCCAGUGGUGAAAUAGGGCCUUCUAAAGCUCUGGAGAAGUGAGAGAUCUGAAUUUGGAGAGGACAUGGGGAAGAAUCAUUCUUCAACAGAUAUCUUUAAAUCCAGACCCAGGAAUAUCAGAUCUGAAGUGGCACCAUCUUUUCUGUCUUCCUGACAAACUUCAUCAACCCCAAAAGUUCCAGUUGCAAAGAGCCAAGAAAACUCAGUAAAGAUCACUUUGGAAUCACUUUGUUGUGACAAAACUGAUUCAUGGUGACUCUACUAGUAUUUGUGGAAAAUCUGCUAAAGAAAAGUAACUAGAAAAUUCAUUUGACACUAAAGGUUACAGCUAAACUAAAAUGAAACUUUGUAUGCUAAUUUUCUUCCAGGGUCUGUUUUAAAAUAAAAGGGCUUGCUAGGGUUACUGUAAAUAUAUUAGAUAAUUAUAUAUCUGUAUAAUAAUUUUAAACUUAAAAUAAUCAGAAUUACAACUUACAUAGUAUGAAAUACAGUUAAUCAAUUAAAAAAUUACACCCUAAGAUCUGUAGUUUAGAGCAUAAGUAAAAAGAUGUGAGUAUUCAGAAAUAAAAAUGUUAAGACCAGUAUUUUAACAAGGUAAUCUAGUUAUUAUGAUAAAGUAACAUUUGCCUUUCUUCCUUUUUCACUGUAUAUACCAGUUACAUACUUGGUUAUUAAUAUUAAUGAAGUUCCCGAUUAAGCCUGUUAACUUGAAGAAGUCGUUAUUAUUUCAAUAGUGGUAGAUUUUCACAAAUGACGGAAAACCAAAAAGAAUAUAAGACACAUUAUUUUUCCUGAACUUACCGACAUAUCCUGAGGCAGAAUGGAUUUCUUUUGACCAUUUUUUCCUCAGUACUGAUGGAUAAUUCCACGCUUCCCAACAUUCAAGCUAAAGUUCAACUAUUGAAUGAAACAAUGGUUAAUACGUUAAAAAAAAAAAAAAAAAAAAACUGUCCAUGGAGAAUUAAAAUGCUAGUUUAGAUUUUAACCUGGCUAUAAAAACACUUAACAUUUCUUAACCAUGUGAAUCUUAUAACCAUAUUAUUUCCUUAUUGUAAACACACUUACAGUUUUACUUUUGGUUAACUGUAUAGCCCAAUUCUUUAUUAUUAUUAUUUUGCUUCUUGUGAAAUAGGAAAAAGUUGUAUACUGUCAGAAAUGCUUAUUUCAUUUUUAUGCCUAUUUCUUUAAAUGUUUUAAUAAGGAGUUGCCCAAAGAGAUCUAACUAGAUAAUAGUAUAUGCAGAAGUUAUUUAAGUCGUUUUAAAGCUCUAGCUGUUAAGCAGGAUGAUUAACUUGAACUAAAAAAUCAGAGAAAGAUUUAAUUGCAGUGCGAUAGUGGGCAGAGUGGGAAGAAGGGAAAAAAGAAAUCCACUAAAGAGUUCAAAUCCAUAUGAAUUCAACUAAUUUAAGAGAAAAAAAAGACAUAUAGAAAAGUGUUAUAUUAAAAAAAAGACUAGAGUUAAUCUCUGUUGGGAACAUGAGGAAACAUAUGGAGCUUUAGCACUUCAAAAAAAUUAGGAAAUAAAAAAGAUAAAAUAAUAUUACUAAUAAUUACAGGUAUCAGAUCAAUAUAGUAGAGACUCAACUAAUUUUUGAUUAACUAGUGAAACUAGAUCUACAAAAGAAUAUGGCUUAUAUUUGAACUGUGCUAUACCACAGAUACAAUGACUACAAUAAUUAUAAGUAGUACAAAUACAUUCUACAAUGUGAUUAUUUUCUGUAUACUGGUAUGAUAUGAAAUUAUUGGGUUACAAAGAGAACUUCUGUUAAUUUUUUAAUUCAUUGCUUUUAUCUAAUAAAAUUUCCUCCUCUGUGUUCAGAAGCUAAACUGUCUGCAUAUUUACUUUUAUUUAUACUGUAACCUUUUCAACCUGGCUCUUCAAAAAAAAAUACUAGUGUGAAGUUACCAUCAACUCCCCUCAUCUAAUACC